AUGGCCAAACCUCUCGUCGACCAGGUCGUUGUGGUGAGCGGUAGCUUCCGGGACUACAAUCACGAUACUAUAAAAUACAUCGUUGAAUCGCUGGGAGGCAGCUUUAGCGCGAAAGUGAACGAUGAUUGCACACAUCUCAUUACUACAAAGGCUGCGCACCCGGCCGGUACAAAGAACAAGCAGGCUAUUGCCCUAGGGAAUGAUAUCAAGAUCGUCUCCCUCGAGUGGUUGACAGAUUCACGCGAUAAGGGGCAGCUUAUGGAUGAUACUCCUUACUCUCUUGCGUUACCGCCUGCCGGCAAGCCUUCUGUGGACGGUACUGGUCCGCGAAGGUCUGGUCGAGCAACUCAGUCUCAGUCUCAAUCGCAGUCGCAGUCACAACCAGUGUCUCAACCUCAAUCCCAAUCCGGGCCUCAAUCGCAGCCUGCAACGGCCAAUUCGAAGAGCAAGAGAGUACCCAAGAAUAAGAAAGACGACGAUGAAGAUGACGACGCUGAUAAGCCGCCGGCAAAGAAGAAAAAGGCCAAUGUGGCAGAUACCAAAACCAAAGCCAAGGGCAAUACUACUACCAAAGCUACUAAAGACACUAAAGGUAGCAAAGAUGCCAAGGAUACUAAAAAUACCAAAGCAGACGAUAAGGCUGCUGUCAAUAUCCCAGUUGAUGAUCUUGUUCCAGGCAAAGAUGGCUACAAAGUUUGCCUGGAUAAAGGUGUUGCCUUUGACGCUGCACUGAACCGAACUGAUGCAGGCGCCAACAAUAACAAAUUUUACAUCAUCCAACUACUCGAAGGGCCAGCGCCUGGGCAGUUUUCUACUUGGACUCGAUGGGGUAGGGUUGGCGAAAAGGGACAAACUGCCCACCUCAAGGCGUCCAACUUCGACCAGGCUUUGAACACAUUUGACAAAAAGUUCAAAGAUAAGAGUGGUCUCGCCUGGAGCAACCGCAAUGCCAGCCCCAGAAACAAUAAGUACACUUAUGUAGAACGAACCUAUGAGGAUGAUGCGGAUGAAGAGCCAAAAAAGAAGAAGGCUAAGGAAGACAAGCCAAAGAAGGAAGUCAAGAAGGCAGCUUGUACUUUGCAUGAAGCCGUACAACGCCUCGUCGCAAUGAUUUUCAACCAUGAUUUCUUCAAUGCGGCGAUGAAGGAGAUGUCAUACGACGCAAAGGAGCUACCACUGGGGAAACUUAGCAAACGGACUCUCAUACAAGGUUUCGAGGCCCUAAAGCAGCUGGACACCCUCGUACAUGAUGCCGCUAAGCGUGCGAGUAACCAGUGGAAAAUCGAACAGCUGAGCAACCAGUACUUCAGCAUCAUUCCUCAUGCGUUUGGCAGGAAUCGACCGCCAAUACUUCGAACGGCACAGCAGAUCAAGAAAGAGGUCGAUUUGCUUGAAGCACUGUCUGACAUGGAGAUCAGUAGCAAGAUUAUGAGUGCCUCAGAGGAAGAGGAUGACGAUCCUGUUCAUAUUCUUGACAGGCAGUUCAUGGGCCUUGGUCUAGACGAAAUGACGCCUCUCGACCCCACCUCCAUUGAGUACACGGAGUUGGCGACUUACCUUAAUCGAUCUCACGGUGCAACGCACAGCAUUACAUACAAUCUACAGAACAUCUUCCGAAUCGAACGUACCGGGGAAGCGGAACGCUAUGAUAAAUCUCCAUACGCCAAUUUACCAAACACCAACCGUCGUCUGCUGUGGCACGGCUCUCGUACCACCAACUACGGUGGUAUUCUCAGUCAAGGCCUUCGAAUCGCUCCCCCAGAGGCGCCUGUUACUGGGUAUAUGUUCGGAAAAGGUGUCUAUUUUGCCGAUGUCUCAAGCAAGUCUGCCAACUACUGUUAUCACAACCUCAGUAACAACAUCGGUUUGCUCAUGCUCUGCGACGUUGAACUGGGUGACCCUAUGCAUGAGCUGAUGGGCUCUGAUUACAACGCCGCCGAUGCCGUAAAGAAGGCCAAUAAGCUGGCCACCCUGGGUCUUGGACAGUCUAUUCCCAGUGGAUGGAAGGAUGCUGGCUGCGUCCACAAGGACCUUGCGGGAGUUAUGAUGCCGGACUGCUCUAACCCCCUUGGCCGAAAUGAUACUAACGGCGUCUGGCUCCAGUACAACGAAUAUAUCGUGUACGACGUGGCGCAGAUACGGAUCAAAUAUCUGCUUGAAGUUAAGAUGCGAUGA